AUGAUCAAGACCGAAAUCCUGCAGCUCUUCAGCAUUUACACCCUAUUACUUUUCUCUAAAUUUCAUGCCACCAUUUCACUUUCACCAGUUGGAAUUAUUGAUGUUGCUCAUGAGUCUGCUACAGGAAUUACUGAUGCGCACGACGCCGGAGCUGUCAAAUCUACAAUAGAACUAGCAGGUGAAAGAGUACCUCACUCUCAACCUCAACCAUGUCGAAGAAGCAUGGCUGGUUGUUUCCCUGGCUUCCUCAGAAGUUCCACGACCAGCGCACGAACUUCGCAAGCUGGUAUCAGAGGAGGCGAGACCGCUGAAGGCACUAGAGCUGGCGAAACUUUCGCAAAACCAAGAUCUUGGACGUUUUCGAUUGCAUCAAAGUUUCGUCGAGUUCGAUCCAAACUGCUCUUUGGGUUUUACCCUGCAACCAGGGACAAUUGGAAUCUUGUUCAUGCGAGCUAUGAAGAGAUUCUUGCUAGUGCUAUCAGAUCGAAAUCUGGCUGGGGAGAUGAUGGAAAUUUCGCCGCCAACCUCGCUGAUCUAAGAACUGCUCGAAGGCAAUCAACAGCUACUCUUGGUUUGCAUCCAUAUGUAAGACAAUACAUCUUGAAGAUCGAGAUCCCGAAUCUACACCAAGAUCUCGUGAAGUCACUCGAUAAAGUCUUGAAGAAUCUUCUGCGAGAUGGUGGGGGAAGAGGAGAAGCUGGCUCCGAUAUGGGAUCUAAAGUAGCGAUCAUCAAUAAAUUUUUCAAAGCUGAACUUCAAGACCCGGAACUUGCACCUUAUCUUGGAACUCUCAAAGGUCAAUUGGACAAACUAAAUGCAUUACACCCUUCAUCAGAUUCUACCGCCGUCCCAGAGAGCUUAUCUUCAGCUCAACUUCCACUCAAACCAUCAUUUUCAAAUUUGGGGAAACUGAAAAUACCGCCAGAACAGUCUCAAUCAACACGCAACUUUUGGGAAGAUAUGAGCUGUGAGUUUUUCGCACAAAUGUUUGCAAAAAGCAUCGACCAACUGAACGCAAUAUCUCCUUCUGAACAACCCACAGAUCAAUUUAACGCUGAGAGGAAUCAUCUGAGGUAUCUUAUAAAGAUAGAUAAGCCUAUACUCCAAGAAUGGACCCGGAUAGAACAACUCACUGCUGAAUUUGGACACACUACUUCACCUCAAGCAUGGGGAGAUAAAGCUUUUCACCCCAACCAAUUCACAAUAUCGGAAUAUAAAAACCUGAAAGCGAUAGGCGCAGCACGCAGACCUUUGAUUCAAAAAGCGACUCUUGCUUCGAAAGCUUCAUACUACCAAGGACAAGGAAUUGAUGAUGCAGAGAUUCUGAUAAGGCGCAAGCUUGAACUUGAGAGUUUACUGAUUCAAAGUUUUGGGGAACGGUUGGAUGAAGUCAAGGAGAUAGUACAGGGGUUGGUUGAUGGGUCCGAUACUACUGCUCGGCAUUAUCUUACGUUCAUCGACAACUUCAAUUCUCGAACCAUGAAUCUAGGUAGAAAUCCAGAUAGUGCGUUGGCUCAACUGAGGAUGCAAGUCCAACUACCUAAUCAACCUUCGGCGACCCGGCAAGGGAGAAGACCACCGUCUCGUCCAACUCCCCAACUCAAUCAUGUUGACCCUCAAAGCGGCUACGCAGAUCCCGAAAAUCCGGUCUUCCAUGGUGUAUCUUUUCGAGAAGGUGGUCCAUUUGAUCGCUACUCUCCUGAUGCUCAACAGCAAUUUGUUGAAAGUACAUUAUUACAGAGGAUAUCUCGUUGA